UCACUGUUACUUUGUUUUGUCCCAACUUCACUGAUCUCAUAUUUCUGAUCCCUGUUAUUUACCAGGCCGUGGAUGAGUCCGGCAUGCCAGGCAUGGACAGAGUGGACAGCCUGGCAGAAUGCCUUGUGGAGCUGCGCAACCAGCCCUCACUAACCCUCAGCAACCAGCAGGUGAGCAAUAUUGUCGGUCUCUGGCAGAACCUGCUUGACUACGACAAGCAGCGGGUAGUCUUUUCUGCCAGACACCAGACAAGGCUGAACACGGAGAGGUUCAGGUCUGCGAAUAAGAGGCAGGAGUUCACUCCGGGGGUGGAGAGUGUAAAGAGGCAUGCCCUCACCACCACUGCCCCACUUGCCCAGUGGCCUGAUUGUUGCCGCCUGGUGGAGGCCAUUUUCAUUAGGCUCUGUGCCAUCCACCGCAGUCCUAAGAAGAGGGGGACUGUUACUGUGUCCAGGUGGGACCUCGUCCUGGAGGACUACAGACAAAUCAGGCGGCGCAUUCUGGCCAACGGGCUAGUGUUGAAGCAGACCACUAUGCAGCUGGUGGACGUGAGCCACACCACCCUGGUGCAGUGGCAUAACAGGAGGGUGAAGAGGCAGGACAGCGCUAUCGUCAUGCAGGGGCUGGACCUGCCCAGUCGCCUGUCUGUGGCUUCAGACCCUCUCCCCGGUGCCAAUACGCGGCCUGUGUCUGCACCUCCCCAAUCCGGCCCGGCUCACCAGUACCACCUGCCCAGCAGCACCGUGGGCCAAGCACAGAGGAAGAUCACACACACACACACACCCGCAGUCGCCACGCACACACACACACCCGCCACACCUGUGGCUGUGAGGCCACGCACACAGCGGCAGCUCUUCCCUGCUCCAGCUCCCACGGCAGCUCCACAGCUGAUGCUGCUGCUGAGACCAGCAGCUGCUCCUGCAGGCGCUCAGGUGCCUGUCCUGAUGGCUGCUCCACAGGCCCUGAGCUUCGGCCUCAUGCCUCCUCCUCCUGCUCCUGCUCCUCCUGCUCCGGUCCGGAAACUGACCCGCAGAGUAUUGCACAACACGUGCAAGAAAUGCGGGCAGUUCAGGACAGCAGAGACUGGCCACAGCCAGUACAAGGGGACAGUGUACUGCCCUUCAGUUGAGACUGUCCCCAAAGAACAGUGGCUGGAGGCCAUGAAGAAUAAAUAG